GGUAAUGUUGGCUAGCUUAGUUAGCUGGUAGCCUCUCUCGGUAAACAUGGCAGAGACUGGACAGCUACACUCCGGCUCCUCCCCUGAAGAUGACAUGCACACUCCUCUGCCUAUCAGCUUCGACUUCAAGGUCCCAAAGAAGGAGAUCAAUAUGGUGCCUGACAUGGGCAAGUGGAAGCGUUCUCAGGCAUAUGCAGACUAUAUGGGAUUCAUUCUGACUCUGAACGAGGCCGUGAAGGGAAAGAAGCUUACCUGUGAAUACACAGUGUCCGAGACGGUGGAGAAACUGCUGUCUCUAUUGGACACUCUAGACCGGUGGAUUGACGAGACUCCACCCAUGGACCAACCCUCACGCUUCGGGAACAAGGCCUACAGGAGCUGGUUUGCUAAGCUGGAGCAGAAGGCCGAGGCCCUGGUUUCUGCUGUUAUCCCUCCUGAGGUCAGUGCAGCAGUUCCAGAGAUAGCUGCCUAUUUGAAGGAGGCUGUAGGGAACCCCACCAGAAUAGACUAUGGAACAGGUCACGAGGCUGCCUUUGCUGCCUUCUUGUGCUGCCUCUGUAAGAUCGGAGCUCUGCGGGUCGAAGACCAGCUUGCCAUCAUCUUUAAGAUAUUUGACAGGUACCUGAAAGUGAUGCGGAAGCUGCAGAAGACUUACCGGAUGGAGCCGGCUGGCAGCCAGGGCGUGUGGGGGCUCGACGACUUCCAGUUCCUGCCCUUCAUCUGGGGGAGUUCCCAGCUCGUAGAUCAUCCUACGCUGGAGCCCAGACACUUUGUGGAGGAGAAGAUAGUGAACGAACACCACCAGGACUACGUGUUUCUGGACUGCAUCAAGUUCAUCAAUGAGAUGAAGACUGGCCCGUUCGCCGAGCACUCCAACCAGCUGUGGAACAUCAGCGCUGUGCCAACCUGGUCCAAGGUCAACCAGGGCCUCAUCAGGAUGUACAAGGCCGAGUGUCUGGAGAAGUUCCCUGUGAUUCAGCACUUCAAAUUCGGCAGCCUGCUCUCCAUCCAGCCCGCCCAUCCCUGAGCGGGCCAGGGCCCAGCCUGAGAGAGGAUGUGGCUCAGCCCAGAGGAAGAGGAGGAGGAAGAGGAAGGCCAGGAGAAUCUACACAGCGAU